AUGGAAGACGGAAAAAAGGUCGACGGCAGCUUCUAUAUAUACGCUCCAAACAAGGGAGCGCCGGUGUUCUUCGCAGUCGCCUUUUUAGCUACCGGUGGUGUUCACCUUUGGCAAGCAAUUCAUUAUAAGAGCUGGAAGCUCACCGGGUUAUAUAUUUUAUGCGCGCUUCUAUUCGGUUCGGGUUUUAUUGUAAGAGAGUUAGGAGCUUUCGAGUAUUCAAACCUCGGUUAUUAUAUUGCUAGUCAAUGCCUCAUUUACUUUGCACCGCCGCUAUACGAACUCUGCAACUAUUACAUUCUCGGCCGCAUAUUAUACUUCGUCCCCUAUUAUUCUCCGAUACAUCCUGGACGAGUAUUGACGACCUUCGCCGCUAUCUCUAUGGUCGUCGAGGCACUGAACGGCAAUGGUAUUGCCUAUAUGGCCAAUAGGACAUUACCGGAGGAACAGCAGCGGGCGGGCGAGGCGCUAAUGAAAGCAUCGUUGAUAUUGCAGCUUGUGGUUGUGUCGCUUUUCGUUGUGCUCGCCGGGGUAUUCCAAACGAGGUGCCGACGAAACGACAUCAAUCACUUCAAAGUAAACCAAGCACUCCUAACUCUUUAUAUCAGCACGGCUAUCAUCAUGGUCAGGUGUAUAUAUAGAACAGUCGAAUAUUUCGGUUCUACUAACGUCGACUUUUCGGACCCAAAUUUUGACUUCUCGGCCUUAAGUCCAAUUGUUCGCUACGAGUGGUUCUUCUACGUGUUCGAAGCGACGCUUAUGCUAUGCAACAGCGUGUUGUUGAACGCUCGCCAUCCGCGCCGCUGGUUACCAAGUUCCACCAAAGUCUACCUCGCUAAGGAUAACGUGACGGAAAUCAUGGGACCAGGUUAUAAGCAGGAGAGGAACUUUUUGGUCACUCUCAUCGAUCCUUUCGAUAUCUACGGCAUGAUCAAAGGCAGAGAUCAAGCAACGCGCUUUUGGGAUGAACAUGAACUCGAAGGGAGGAAGACUGAUAUUGAUCCAAUGCUAUCCACCGCCGAAAGACAGACUAGCAGAGCUGUCUGA